AUGAUACUUUGCUUCAGUGCAACGCAGCGCGUUGCGAGGGAAUGGGCUCGAACGGCGACAGGAGAAACGCAUUCAGACUCCAAAGGGGAGAGAUUAGCCCAAGCAUCAUUACGAAAUGAAUCAACUUUCCGGCAACAGGAAGGUUCUCGGGUGGAGCCCGGACUGAAGGAAGGUGAAGCGGCCACUAUGCUGCAGCGUGGGGGCUCGGUCGCUCGGAGCAGCAGUGCACCGGGCCGGCUCGGCCCUUGGUGCGGGGCCCAGCAGCAGCAGCAACAGCUCGCCCUGCAGCUACAGAAAAUCACCGGCCAGUACGAGAGCCCGGCCGCGGCGCCGCCUCCUGCAGCCCCCGGGGACAGCCGCUCUCCAAGCUCCGGCCAGGCGAGCGCCGCGACCCUGGGCAUCAUUGACACGGACCUCAUCGAUGAGGAAUCACUGACGAGCCUGGUGCUGGAGCUGGGCUUGGACCGAGUGGACGAGCUGCCGGAACUCUGGCUGGGGCACAACGAGUUUGAUUUCAGCUCCGAGGUGACGCCGGUCAGGUGGACCAAUCUGAUCCCAACCGAUUAAAACAGAUCGGAGCCCGAGUGGGAUGUGAGAACGAUUGGAAUCCACUGCCAGUAAACUUCCCGGACGAAUAGAGGCUACUCACUUAGGGGGCUGGCCUUUUUUGUUUUGCAAAGUCUGUACCAUCAUUUGAGAGAAUAGGCUUCCACAUUGACCGGGACACGCUGCCGCCUACAGAAUGCUGUUGAGGUUACUUCAUCUGUUUUUUUUUUCUCCCCUAAUCAAUCUGUUCAGAGACGUUAUUAGCCAUCUCUGGAGCAGAGAGACUUGAACCCGGGACACUCAGCCCAGGGGUAGGGACACUACCAUUCUGCUUCGAGAGGGCCCCCGUGAGGUUCACUUUACACAAUUGGGAUUUGUUAGAAGCACAAACCUGGUUUGACGUGCCUUAAAAGAAUGUCAACAACGUUCUCCUGUUUUCACCUGAAAACAGUUUAUCAGGGUCACAGACAUGCAGUAAACAUCACACCAAGAACACGCCACUCUUCUUAAUUUUGAAGGCACCUUGGUAUACUAAACUGGCCAGCAGGUUAUUCUUGUGUGAAACAAAAGAAAAAUGCCAGAUCACUUUGUUAGACAAGUUCCAGCAGAGGAUAUAUUUCAUUUGCCAGCCUGGGAGAUGCAAUGGUCCAAGGAAUGUGAUCAGUCCCUGCUCCCAUACAAUGCAUGACACACCUUUUAUUUAACUUGAACGCUGAAUCUGUCAUAAACAUGAUGUAGUUCCUACUAGUUUGGAAAAGCAGCUCAGUUACACCCAAAGGAGGAGACCUGCCCUGUCUUUCAGGUAUCCCUCACCUUAUCAGUGAGAAUAUAGUUAAAGUGGGUCCAGCUCCCUUCCAUGUUGAGUUGUUUUACAUGGUUCAUACUGUACAUACAUAUUUGUACAGCUAUUGCUACAGCAUAUUUUGUUAAUGAACGGGGUAACUGGUGCCUGUACUAAUAGUGCUAAAUUCCAAGGUCUAUUGGGAACACUUCACCAGUGAAGGGCGAAAUUCAUAUCUGACCUGGUGCCCCUUGUGGCCCCUUUCGGAAUGCCACUGGCAGAAUCAUGAGUAAAAUGCCAGCUACCUUCCCAUUUCUUAAAAUGGGUUAUGGUAGGAAAACCAGAAUUCCAGUAGGAGAAAACAUCUCAGUUAGAAAUUAUGUUAGAUCCAUCCUAAUAGCCAUUCAGAUCCAACUAGGUCAUUGAAAUAACGUAAUGAAGCACGGUCUGUUCCAUCACCCAGUCAGUCUCUGGAUGAAGGGCCAUACAGUGUUACCUUCACAGAGGAGGUGACAUCAGCCCAACCACACAUCAAAUCUUGUACUACACUUGCUGAAGCCUAGAAUAACCAUACAGUGACACUGAGGAUCAGAUUGCUUGUCAGUCCUUUUCGCCUUUGAAACAAAAUUGGGAUUGUCUACCACGAAACUCAAUGAAGAGAAAAAUCAAAACAUAUAAUUGUUAAGGAGAGUGGAAAGUAAAGAUGAAGAAAAUGAAAUUCUGUAAAAAGUGAACAAUGAACAUGAAUAACUGAGUGAGUUCAGUGUUAUCACACAGUUAGCCGGGUGCUGGAAAUUUAAAAUAACAUAUAAUUGCAUUCCAGCAGGUAGUUAGGACCUGGCAAGCACUGCCAGAAAAGAUAGUGGAGACAGAUUAAAUCACAGCGUUGCGAAGGGAACUGGAUAGGCACCUCACUAAGGAAAUAUUUUUGCAAGGCAACAAGGAGAGGGCUGGGGAGUGGGACUCAUUCAGUUGCUCUUGUAGAGCUGGCACAGAUUUAAUGGACUGAAUGCCCUCAUGUCUUUUAACCAUUCUAUAAUUCUUCCAAUUGAUUCAGUGCAAGACAAUAUAUAUAACAGAAAACAGUUUUCUAGAAAUACUCAGAAGAAUGCAUGAUGAGUGAAUUUGGAGAUUCAGAACAUGUAAUUCAGUCACUUGAGCAUGAUACCGUUGCAGUGGAAACACUUUCAGUUCUUCCCUCCAGUGGACCUUAAGAGCAAUCCUUUCCAAAUAAAGAUAUAAAGUUUCUAUUUCUAUUCCCAGUUUUACAUUUGAAUAUGUUCACCGUAAUUUAAUAAUAAAAGUAGAAAAUGUUGGAAAUACUCUGCAGGUCAGGCAGGCAUCACCUGUGUUGAGAAACAGACUUAUACUUUCAGAUCAUGGUAACUUUAAUCAAAACCAAUCUGUCAUAUGGUCUCCGAGCUAAAACAUGAAACCAAUUUCUCUCCACAGAUCCUGCCUGACACAAAAAGUAUUUCCAACAUUUUCUGUUUCUAUUUCAGAUUUCCAUCAUCUCCAAUCUUUUAAUUUUGUAUUAGUUUUUAAUUCACAGUAAUUUGGGCUUAAGUGACUGUACACAUAGCUCCACCUACUCUCCACUGUUGCUAUUCUGCAGGGAUUUAAAAUAGAUAUAGAGUGAGAAAAAAAAUGCAGAAAACGUGUCCUUGAUGUCCUGCAGAAUGAUUCUGAAAUUUCAAGAAAAUUCUGCAAAUUCUGAAGACUAGUUUACAACACAAUAUAGAUUUGUAAUGACCAUAUCAAAGGUGGAACAUUACUUUAUACAAUUUAAUGUUGUCAGCAAUAACCUUUUUAUAGGGUCAUUUGCAGUUGUACCACUAAUAUGCAUACUUGUUAAAUGCACAUACUAAAUAUAACCUGAAUGACCUAAAUCUGUGGUACUUUUCUCUUAUUCUGAAUGAAAUGUUGAAGAACUGUUUAAAAUGUUCCAAAAUUAUUCUACCAGCUCCAUUUCUUAAUAAAUAUAAAAUCUCUCUUAAAGAAUUUUUGUUUCUUUAUUCAUUCAUGGGAUGAGGGCAUUGCUGGCUAGGCAACCUUUAUUGCCCAUCCCUAAUUACUCAGAGGGCAGUUACGAGUCAACCAUAUUGCUGUGGGUCUGGAGUCACAUGUUGGCCAGACCAGGUUCAGGAUGGCUGUUUCCUCCCCCAAUGACAUUAGUGAACCAGAUGGGUUUUCCUGGCAAUUGAUUCACGAUCAUUAGACUGUUAAUUCCAGAUAUUAAUUGAAUUCAAAUUCCACCAUGUGCCAUGGUGGGAUUCAAUUCUGGGUCCCCAGAACAUUAUCUGAUUGUCUGGAUUAACAGUCCAGUGGUAAUACCGUGAGGCCAUUGCCUCCCCUUUGAAGUGUGUGAAGCAUCUCAUUGCACAGUGUUAACCAUAAGACGUGCAUUUUUAAGGGCAAUACUUCAUGAUUUUGACUGUGACUUUUGGAACAUACGUUGUCAUGGGAUAAGGGUAAUUCUGUAAGAAAAUAUACAAAAAUGUCCUUUUAGUUUACUAUUACUCUCUUUAUGGGAAGAAUUUCACUCUGAUAUGUAGGUGGGAAUGCAGUCCCACACUGACACCUCAUCCCAGAGCCAUUGUGGAAAAAGCAGGGUUCCAUACCCAAAAAGUGGUAGCUAGUUAAGUCUUUUGAAGGGCUAAUAAGAUCAUGGACCAGAGGCUGACUGGAAUUUUCAAAGGUUCCAGCAACGGGUCAAUAUUUACCAGAGCAUCAGGCAGCAACUGCUGACCCUCCCUGAACUCCUUGCUAGAACUGAGCCACAGCCCAUAAAGAGGAAGGUGUGCCCCUCCAUAAUCUUGGUUGAAUUGCCAUGGCCAUCUUCCAUUUAAGUUCUCUUAGAAAGUUAGUGUUGGUGGCCAGAAGGAUUUCAAGAGGACGGUGUUUUUUUCUCCCCUAUCUACAACUAUAAUCUGCAGUUCCUUGCAUGCUGGAUGGCCUCCUAUUGGUCUUCUAGCUGCAACAGCUAAACUACCUUCCUCAUUCCUGAGUGAGCCAGCACUCUGGCUGCUAAUUUGACCAGCAAGGCAAUAUUACUUUUGGGUGACUUCCUGACAUGAUGCAGGGCCGGGAUCUGCAUUUGAUCCCAAUCUGAUCCAAAGUGCAAAAUUCUGCUGUAGAUCUUUAUAUUUAUCUUUUCAUUUCCUUCUUUUUUAACUUUCAUCCUGUUUCUCACUUUCACUUCCUUUUUGCUACCUUAUCCGUCUCUCUGUUUUGGCUGCCUCCACAUUUUGUUUUACUUAUUUUACUUACUUUGAUGUAUAUCAGCAAGGUUUAUCUCACUGUCACUAUGCUUUUUUUUUAAGAACAACCUUUAUGAUAAUUUUAAUGCCUCAAUACAUUUAAAAUAUCAACUCCCAUUACCCCUUAAGAAUUUUGCCGUAGAAGGUAGGAUGCUGGUUGAUAUUCAUAAAAUCUCACUCUGCAAACUGUGAUGAAUUCUCCUUUUGUUACAUGCAACUUAAGCCAGUAGCCAGCAUUCUAUGAUAGUGAUAACAUUUCUCUUGAAAUACUUCUGUCCACCAACCCAGUAACGUUUUAAGAGAACUGAAAUGAUAACAAAGAAGUCCAAGGUUGCGUCAAAAGUGAGGAAUUGUGGUUUCCCAAAAAUCCUAAAGAACACAGUCCCAGGAAAGGAAGACAAACCACCUGAACAUCAAAAAUCAUUGAGGUUGUCCACGUGGAGUGAUUUUUGAGGCAAAAGUAAUAUUGCCUUACUGGUCAAAUUAGUAGCCAGAGCGCUGGCUCACCCGGGAACGAGGAAGGUAGUUUAGCUGUUGCAGAGUCAUCAAAAGUGAAGAAUCAUAAUCCCAUUAAUUGUGAAGUCAAAAUUAGAUUCUGUGACCCGCAAUGUCACUAGCAAGGGUGGAUGAGACAAAAUUGCUGAGACCUCCAUGCGACCUGUUCAUUAUAUUUGCAAUUUGAUGCAUUCUAUGGAUGUUCAACCAUCAUUUGCUUGUUACUCAUAUUUGCCUCAUGUUUAAGUUUGUAAUGUUAGAAGAUGAUGUAUCUGUGCACAGUAUAAAGCUUUUUUUGGCUGUAA